AAACUCCAUCAAUAGCUCAAUGGUCUGGUAUCCGUGUCCGUCCUCCACCUGCGCACCGGACUGCAGAAGUCAAACACCGACUAGUUGAUCCGACUUGAAUCCGCUUACAAGGACAAUGACAGGGAAUCACUGGGGUUAUGGAAAAGAGGACGGUCCUACUGUGUGGCACAAAAACUUCCCCGUUGCCCAGGGUGACCGGCAGUCUCCCAUUGACAUUGUCCCUCAUCAGGCUUCACAUGACCCCAGUCUGGGUCCGGUUGUCCUGAACUACGACCAGUGUACCUCCCUCAAAAUCGCCAACAAUGGACACUCUGUUGUUGUGGAGUUUGAGGACUCAGAUGACCGCUCAGUGAUCCAGGGAGGCCCUCUUGACAACCCCUACAGGCUAAAACAGUUUCACUUCCACUGGGGCGGAAAGGGCUGCCAUGGCUCUGAGCACACUGUCGCAGGAAAUAGCUAUGCUUCUGAGCUUCAUUUAGUACAUUGGAAUGCUGUCAAGUACAAGACCUUUGGGGAGGCGGCAACAGCUCCAGACGGCCUCGCUGUCCUCGGCAUCUUUUUGGAAACAGGUGACGACCAUAGAUGGCUCCACAUGAUAACUGACGCUCUGUACACCGUGAAGUUUAAGGGCAGUGUUGCAGAUUUUAAAAGUUUCAACCCCAAGUGCCUCAUGCCCAGCAGCCUCCACUACUGGACCUACCUGGGAUCACUGACCACACCCCCCCUGCACGAGAGCGUCAUCUGGAUCGUCGUGAAGGAGCCAAUCACAGUGUCGGAAAAACAGCUGGGCAAGUUGAGAACACUUCAGUUCACCGGAGAGGAAGAGGAUCAGAGGACACGCAUGGAAAACAACUUCAGGACUCCCCAGCUUCUCAAAGGCAGGAAAGUGCGUUCCUCCAAUUAAUGAGACCCUGACAGAUCUGAAGUCGUAGACAACAAAGGCUCUUUUUGGCGACAGUAAAUGCAUUGAUUUGAUUGUACUUGUAUUACCUCAUGAUUGCUCAUCCUGAGGAUCUCUGAUUUACUUUGUACAGAAGAGUAAUUCUCAUCACUGCCAGCACAUUGAGACCUAUGUGUCCCUCUUCUGGUCAGAAGCUUCAACGGCAGAGUGAGGAAUCAGUUUUUGAAUGUUAUAGGGAAAAAUAAAAGGGAUGUCAUGAAGCAAUAUUAUUAUAUUAACUCUUUGCAAGUUUGUAAUUUGACUAAUAUGUUCUAUUUGUGAUAUUUUCAUAUUAUAAUAACAAGCUAUAUGUUAGUGAAGAUUUAAAUGUUGGAUGCGUUGCAAAAGCAAGCUCUUGUAAGGUGCUAUCAUAUGUAACUAUUAUAUAAUAUGGCAGACUGGUAUCAUACCAGUCUGCAACUCUGCCGUCUGCAGAUUCACAGCCCUGCCCUCCUUACUGAUCCUGAUUGAUCCCUGUUGAUCCAGCUCAUUGCUGGUGGAUUCCCAGUCCCUGUGUCCAUAGAUCCCUUUCAGUCCAACAAUCCCAACUGAAGGUGCUCUGUUUGUCCAUGACGUGGGGCAUGAAAGUCUCUGGUCCUUUAGAGCUCAAGAGACUUGAGAUAUUGGUCCCGAGCAGGUUGAUCUCCCUUGGGAGAGUUAUGGCAGCUUUGUCUAAUGCAGGUCCUUAUUUAGAUAGACCCAGAUUUUUACUAAUGCAGAGAUAAACUUAUUUUGUUCCAAUACAAUAAACGCACAAAUGAAGAAU